AUGAAAUACCAAAGAUUCAUAGAAACAUUUCAUAUCUAUUUGGUUGGAAUCGAGAUGUCUGUUGGACAUUUUACAAUUGAAGGUAAAAUAUACAGUAGAACAGAAGAACAAUCUCUUCUUGCAAAACAAGAGAUACAACAACAAGUGAAAGUGGCCAUCAAUGAAUUCAGUCAUAUCAAUCAUUUGGUGAUUUGUGAUUCAAUGCAAGAGGGUAGAGACGACUUCAAUCAGAUCAAUGCAGACAGCAAUCAUACAAAAUCUAAAAACUAUAUCUUUGCACUUGACUAUUUGGAGUUUGUCGAGCAACUUAGAGUUACUAGAGAAUCAGCAAAUCAGAAGUUUGAUAUCCAUCUCAAGGUGGAUCAAGAUCAAUCAAAAGACAUUGCUGAAAAAGACAAUAUCUGCGACAGUGAUGACAAUGAUUCUGAUAAUGAUGAAAAUGAUUCAGAUUACUCGAGAAAUGAUGAUGAAGAUUAUGAAGACUAUUUUGAUGACUCUGCAUUCGAAGACUCUGAAUAUGAAAAAGAUGAUGAAGAAUCUUUUAUUUCAGUUAAGAUAGAAUCAAAUAUAAAUAAUUAA